AAGAAACAAAUAGGUGGCGUUUCUCUGUUGAAGUACAGUUUACUCCUCCAACCGCGAGAGUACAAGUCACUUUGAGAGAUAAAUAAAACAGCGGAUAGUUUUCUCACGAUAUUUGGUGAGGUCUAGAGAUGGGGAAACACAACAGCAAGCUGGCUCCCGAGGUGCUAGAUGACUUGACCAAGAGUACAGAGUUCAAUGAAGCCGAGCUGAAGCAGUGGUAUAAGGGAUUCUUGAAGGACUGUCCAUCUGGCAUCCUCAAUCUGGAAGAGUUCCAGCAACUCUAUGUGAAGUUUUUCCCUUACGGAGAUGCUUCAAAAUUCGCCCAGCAUGCCUUUCGGACAUUUGACAAAAACGGUGAUGGUACCAUUGACUUCAGAGAGUUCAUCUGUGCACUGUCCAUAACUUCCAGAGGAAGCUUUGAGCAGAAACUCAACUGGGCCUUCAACAUGUAUGACCUGGACGGAGACGGUAAAAUCACACGCAUGGAGAUGCUGGAGAUCAUUGAGGCAAUCUACAAGAUGGUCGGCACAGUGAUCAUGAUGCGUAUGAACGAGGAUGGUCUGACCCCACAACAGCGCGUGGACAAAAUCUUCAGCAAGAUGGACAAGGACCACAAUGAUGAGAUCACACUGGAAGAGUUCAAAGAAGCGGCCAAAAGCGACCCUUCCAUUGUGCUUUUACUGCAGUGUGACAUGCAGAAGUAAGAAAGGAAAGCAGGAGGACGAGUUAAGAGGGCUGGGGGGUGUAGGAAGGGGUGGAGAGCCAUGUACAGACUUCUAGAGAGAGAUUUAGGCCAUAGAUGACAAAAGAACAUGUACAUACAGAUGAACAGAAGUUAGACCGCACAGUAAUCUAAGGGAACGAUUAUGGGAAUUUGGAAUGAUUAGUCAAAGUAAUGCAAGAAAGAGUCUUUUUCCACCCUCUAUUACUUGUUACACAUUCUGUCAGCUUUCCAGCCUCUAGAGAGAGAGUCAGAACAAGACAUUUUCUUCCUCAAAAAGGUCACUUUCGUGCCGAUAGAUCAGUUUUUCCAUUAGGAUUUAAAGCAUACAAUCGGGCAAUUUGAUAAUUAGUACAUUUACAUGUUAUAAUUAGUUCAAAAUCAAACAAAGAUUAAAGGAUUUUAGUAUUUUUAGGCCUGACUUACAUAUAUAUAAAGAGAAAGACGCACGAUAUACUGGUACAAUAAUGGCUAACAGUCGACAUUUGAUUAUUUUAUUAUUUUUUAUUAUUAUUUAUUGGUUAAUAUUAUUUUAUAAUAGCCUAUUUUGUGCAUAUUUAAUGCUAAUUCUCUCUAUUUUUUCAUUCAAAUCAUCUUUUCUGUCCUCUAACAGUCACUUGUUUUAUAUAAACACUAAAGCCCAUUUCAUACCAAGAACGAUAACUGUAAAGAUAACUAUAAUGAUGCUGACUAUAUUAGCAUACAAUGCUCAAUGUUGUGCUAUGUGUUAUGUGUACAUAAGCCUAACGCUUUAAAUGCUCAAGCUCUUUAACAAAGGUUGGUAUCUGAUCACUGUUUUUUUUUACUCACCAGGUUGAAUGUUUUGCUUUUUGUUUCGGUGUGGAGUGUGUUAUUCAUUUUAAUUUUCAUCAAAUCUUUAUUGUUGGUUACCGUUCUUAAUGUGAACAGACUUUAGGAGCUUAAUCUCAAUCAUUACUAUUUUCCGGUCCAUAUAUUAAUAUGUUCUUAUGUCUAAAUUCACCUGUACCAAUUUUAAAACGUCCAUUUUCGUAUUUUUUAAAAUUCAAACAAAAUAGAUUUAAAUUAAUAUAUGAUUCAAGCACUUUUGAGAUCAUAAACAUAACAAAAUGUCAAUAUGAAAUGCUUAUUAGCCAUAAUAAUCUGCUUAUUAUGGUCGCCAAAUGCUCAUACUGUGCAUCUCUAUUAAAUAUGAUAGAAUAUACAACUUAUUUAUUUUUUUGUCCAGACUGAAAAUGUCAAAGUGUGCCUGAGGAAGAACAUUAGAGAGUGGAAAUGCAUUCAGGAGUCCUAUGACAUUUGUGGGUGCCUUCAUAUACAGUACAACUGCAUAACCACUACAGCAAAAAAAUAAAUAAAUAAAUCCUGUCACAUCAGUGUGUGACGAUAACCAUCACUAACAAUAUCCAUCUUCUAAUCAUGUUAUUGGCCGAGAUUAAGCUUAAAAGCCAAGGCUGAGUAAAAGGGUGAAGCCAGAAAACGAGUAGCUUUUGUUAGCUAGAGAACUGACAAUGUACAUGAUGACAUUUUGUACAUAAUGCUUAUACACAUGCUUAAUAUGUACAUGUAAAUGUUUCUCUACCUUAGAACUGCUUUCAUAAUCUGACACAGCUGCAACGACUUGUGUGCUAACACAAAAACUACUGUACUUAUGCGUGUGGAUGAGGGAAACUAAAAACGUGUGUAUUCUCUUCACUGUAAUCUGGCGUGAAAGUCGCAGUGUGUGUGUGCGUGUGUGUGAGAGAGAGUGCGCGAAAACACAAAUGCCUCAACCUUUGUAUUAAUUCUUUCUUAUGAUCUUCACGCCAGUGCUAGGAGUAUUAAGCCGUUGUGUUUUGUCGUUACCUGGUGUGGCCUU